UGCAUGUCCAUCAGCUAGUUUAAUUAGUAGAUAAAGAUGGCAAGUUGCGUACCUAAUCAGAUAUAUCUCAGUUAACACCAUACCAUCGAUCAACAAAUUGAAACUGCAGGAUAUAUACGGUUGAAAUUUUUGAAUUGCUAUCUAACUCUACCAAGUAUUGCAGAUUUGGAAGUCAUGCUCUAUCGAUCCAAGGGAAGAAAGAAAAUGGCUCCCAAACACGCAGCCCCGUUUCUUCUUCUCUUCGUCUUCUUCGCACCGGCUUUGAGCGCUCGCCACUACCCUGACACUCUCCUAGACCCCGGCCACCACAAAGACGUCAAGUUCGGAAAUGGCGUCCCCGCCAGGCUCUACCUCCCAACGUCGCCGCCUCCGAACAAGAAGCUCCCUCUCGUUGUCUUCUUCCACGGCGGCGCGUUCAUCACCUUCAGCGCCUUCCUCCCGCCGUACGACGACUACGUCCAGUCGAUCGCCAACGCAGGCAACGUCGUCGCUCUAUCCGUUGAAUAUACGCUGGCCUUAGAGCGGCCGCUCCCCGCCGCGUACGAGGAUUCCUGGGCCGCACUCGAGUGGGUCGCCUCCCACUCCUCCGGCAACGGCCCCGAGCCGUGGCUAAACCAGCUUGUCGACUUCGAAAAAGUCUACAUCGCCGGGGACAGCGCCGGCGGGAACAUAGCCCACAACCUGGCCAUGAAGCACGGUUUAGGCUCAUCUCUAGAAGGCCUGGAAAUUGACGGCAUGGCUUUGAUAUGUCCGUUCUUCUGGGGAAGCCAGGCGAUCGGGAAGCAGGAGCCGAGGGGGGUUAUCUCGAGAGCCCCGAUUAAUUUGGAUUGGCUCAUCGCCGUAGGCUUCCACAGUGGACUCGAUGACUACAGGAUCAACCCCCUUAUCGAUCCGAAUCUUCCCAAACUGGGCGUCAAGAAGGCUCUGGUCAUCACUGCGAAUCAAGAUCCAUUGAGAGAUAGAGGGUUUUACUAUUAUCAAGCUCUGCGUUCGGAUGGGUGGAAGGGAGAUGCUCAGUACUUGGAGUACAAUGGCUGGCAUGAUUUCCAGCUCGUGAUUCCAUCGGAGGGUGCCCAGAACAUGCUCCAGCAACUUUCGAAAUUCUUCAACUCUGAGUAGUCGAGUUUCCAUCUUAUUAGUUUCCUUUCUCUCUUAAUUAGGUUUAGAUAGCAAUCUUGGUUAGUGCGUCUAGAAGUUCAAUCUCUGCGUUGGAAUCUUACUUAAUUAGUGCGUCUGGAAGUUAAUUCAAUCUCUGCCUUGGAAUUAGUGCUGUACGUAGUUAUAUAUAUAUGGGACAUGAUCCGCAUUGGUUUA